AACUGCGGUUAACGAGCAACAUUGAAUAGCAAAGCAAGUCAGUCGAGAAAUCAAAAUAUCUUCCAUUUCCUUCAAAGAGCCACACAAUUCUUCACCUCCCUCAGCAAGUAAGAGAGAAAUGAGAGAAAAUCAAAAAGAGAUUUCUAGCUGGGAAAAGUAAUGCGUGAAAUUCAAGCAUAUAUUACAUGAAAAGUUAAGGGAGAUUAUUUUUCUAUUCAGCAAAAGAGGAAAAUACCGGUAUUUGGAAGUUACUGGAGAGGAAAAGGUCAAUUGGAAAGCCACGUAGAGCAGACAGUGUUUCAGGCCUCGCUCUGGGAGGAAGAAAACGGCUUGAAUCAAAGCACUACUAAAGAAGGGAUCAUCCAUAUUUUUUACCUCCUCAUGAAUAUAAGUUGUGGAAAACCUCCAUACACUUGCCUCUUGUGGGAAAGAUUCAACUUGUAAAUCACACCAGAUUAUGCCUGAGAGGAUCCAAACUGGGCAAAAACCUUACAUAUACUCUGAAUGUGGCAAAACCUCUGAUCAGAACAGCUCGUGAUGAACCAGAGAAUUCACACAGGAGAGAAACCGUUUGAAUGUCCUGUUUGUGGGAAAAGUUUCAGUACCAAUUCCAACCAUAUUAGCCACCAGAUGAUUUACACAGGAGAUAAACCCUUUGAGUGUCCUGAUUGUGGGAAAAGUUUCAGUACCAAUUCCAGCUUGGUUCAACACCAGAGGACUCACACAGGAGAUAAACCCUUUGAAUGUCCUAAUUGUGGGAAAAGUUUCUGUGAUAAUUCCAGCUUGGUUCGACACCAGCGGACUCACACAGGAGAGAAACCUUUUGAGUGUUCUUACUGUG